AUGACAACCACCCCGUGUGUGGCUGGCGCUCUGCCUGCCCGCGUGAAAAAGCUCGAAGAAGCGCACGGGAAGUUUGAAGAAGCCUACCAUAAGCUCAACGAUGAGCAUAACUCCACAAAGGCGGAGAAUCGGAGGCUGAAGCAGGAGUUGGACGAGCUCAAGCAAGAUGUUCUGAAGCAACGCGAGGAUACGAAUAUGAAGACUCGAUGGCUCACUGCGAUGCUGUCGCGGUUCUACACCGACCAACAUUCAGCCGAAGCCAGAGCCGCGACAGCAGGCCAACUUGAUCUAAUUUACCGACAAAACCCGACCACCAACAUGAGGAGCAAGGUCGGAAGCCAACCAGGGUUGCUGAAACAGCCUACACAAGCACAGCUCAGAGCAAGAGAACCGGCGCUUACGAAGCUCACCGAGCAGGUUCAAGCAUCGGACCUGGACUUUGACCCCAUCGCUUCCAAUGCCAUCACACCGACUCACGCAGACCAGCCACCGCAGAAGCAGCGUGAGCCUGAAGUCAUGCAGACCAAGACUGCGGGGAUCAAAAUGAUACCGACCCACGCGGCUGGCGCAGCGAUGAAGAAGUACAGCCAGCAGGAGUUGAAGCAGAUCAGAGACAACGACACCACGUCUGCUCACGGCGCACCCCCAUUGCCACUGCAGUACACGAUUGCACUCAAAGCCGUCCAAGCGCAGAUCGCGUUAUUUGAGGCGAAAACCAGCGCGGUGGCCGCGUCGGCAGCAUCGACGCAGACUACGCAGGCAUUGGACAGACUGACGCACUAUCUCGGAACGGUUGAUAGACGAGUCGGGUCGCUUGAGAUAUCGAAACAGGUUCUCCAAACCGGCAUUGCAACGAUGAGCAGACAUGUCUCCGAGGCUCGGACCGACAUGUCAGGAAGCCUGGAGAAUAUGUGGGAGAAUGCGCAAGAAGAAGCAUCUCGGCAACAGCAACAACUUGACGACAUGCGAAAAGACGUCGAUCUACUGAAAAAGGGGCUUGAAGAGAUGGGCAAGAAAGACGACAAAGUUCUUGAGGAGCUCGAAGAAGUGCGAAAAAACGAAGCCGAAGUGCGUAUGAAGCUUGACAGAGUGCGGAAGAAUGAAGCCAAAGUCCAACUUGAGCUCGACAAAGUGCGAGAGGACGACACGAAACUGCGCAACGACCUUGGAGACGUGUGGAAGGAUAUCAAACUGGUGUGGAAGGAGAUCGACCAUCAGUGCGACGAAUUCAAAGACCUGGACCGGGACGUGCGUCGACUCAUGGACUCCCGGGAUGGGCACGGUCGCGAGCUGGACGGCAUCCAUGCACAUCUCCGUGAUGUCCAACGACGGCGUCAGGACGGGUAUGGAUCCGACAGCAGACGUUCGGGCUGCCGCUAG